AUCCAGUCAACCAACAUUGCCAAGAGGAAGGACCAUCGCCACCAGAGCUCAUUUGUUCAACGGAAGUCUGCAGGUAUGAUCCUACGAGAUGUAAUGUUUGUAAUACGACGAAGUGGCCACCAAAAGCGGGGUUGAUCAUUUUGCAACGAUGAUAAGAAUUACUCAUUUCCUUAUCAUAUUACAAAUCUCGCACAAUAUCACUUCUUCUUAUACCUCUGUCACAAUCCAAAGUUGAACCAUCAAAUUACACAUACACAUAUAUGCACACAGAGCUACAGGUAUAACUACAAUGGCAGGAAUACAACGAGCUCUCGACACAGGCGCAGUACCAGGUCAUAUUUCCAAUGUCUGUCCCCCUGGAACGAAAGCAUAUCUACUCGAACUCGGAUGGCUGGAAUGUGAUGAAGGGUUUGUAGUGAGAGGUGGUAAUACAUCAUUGAAAUCUACAGAAGGAGAGAACUUUGUGAACAAAAGAAGAGAGUUACCAGUGUAUGCUGUUCUUAUUGACCAUCCUUUUGAAGGUGUAAUACUCUGGGAAACGGGAUGUGGAGCUGAUUAUCCCACGGUUUGGGGUCCAGAUAUAGUGGAUGUUUUUGCACGGGUCAAGUAUGAACCUAGACAUGAACUGAAAGCAGCAAUUGAAGCCACGGGACACAAAUUGGAGGAUGUUAAAAAAAUGUAAGAUCUUACACCACCUCUAACCAACGCAUGGAGAAGAUAUACUCACAUGAUUGCAGAAUUCUCGGUCACAUGCACUUGGAUCAUGCAGGUGGAUUGGAUCAAUUCUUGGACAGAAAAGAUGUCGAGAUCUGGGUACACGACAAGGAGUUGAGGUCGGCAUUUUGGUCAGUUGCUACUGGUGCGGAUGCAGGCGUUUACUUGCAGCAUUAUAUGGAUGUAAGCUCGAUCUUUUAUUCUUCCGGGAAGUAUCACAAGUGCUGAUGUCAAGAAGUUAUCCUUGAAUUGGAAAACGUUCGAUGAAAGAACCUUGGACUUUUGUCAGGGAAUUACUCUUCAUCAUCUUCCAGGUCACACGGAUGGUCUUGUGGGAAUGCAACUAAACCUUCGUGAAACCGGAACGUUUAUAUUUAUCAGUGAUCACUGCCACGUCAUCGAAAAUGUAAGGACCUGCAUCCGUUAAGAUCAAUAUCCUGCUGAUAAUCUAAUAGUGGCGAGAUGGAGUACCUCAGGGAUGGCUCGCACGGUAUGAAAUGCUCGAUACUAACGAAGCAGACUACAAGCUAACAUGAAGCUACAGUGAUCAUCCAGCCUGGUUCCAAAGUACCCAGCGAUUGAGGCGUUUGGAAUCUACCACCAAAGGUCAAGUGAUACCAGGGCACGAUAAAGAAACAUUCUUGCAACUUCAAGGUGAUAUCAAUAGUAGAGGGGGUUAUCUAGAGUAACCACAUUCCAUGGCGCUCAAAGUAAGCAAAAUAUGUGGAUGUCAGGCCACAUCAGGGUCUGUAUACAUCUGUAGAACAAGCGACAUAUUCUUCUCUGGCAUGGCUGUAUUAUUUUUACCUUUACUUCUGAAAUUGUUGCAGUAUGAAGGGUUUGGUUAUCGGAUUUUGAAAAGACGAGGCAAUCCACACCUGUCACUGGCGACUGCCACAUUCAUAUUCUAGCACCUAUCUUUAGGUGAGCCAAAGAAGACAUAUGGUAAGGUCUGAGCUCUUUCACUAUGCUUGAUACUGAAAAAGUGAAACUUCAGAAGCAAAGAUCCAUCAUAUAAAAGUACACCUUGGGGGUGUACAGAUGUAAGCUUAUUAGAAAAGAAUGGGGUCAAAUGAGAUGGCCAGGUCGUUCGUGUAGGUUGUUUAGAAAAAGAAGGUUUCUAUUUUCCUCUGGCAGUUAUGCCACUCAAGGGAGGCGAAACAUGAAUACAUCAUACAGGGGAUUUUGCAGUAUCUGAGGAGUAUGCAUAGUACUUUUAUAUUCAUGAUUUGAAGAAAUACGAAGAUAGUAUGAACCG